AUGUACUUACCAGUUCCUCAACUUAUAGAUCAAGCGACAUCAUACAUGGUCCAAUUGAAAGAAAAAAUAAAGUGUUUGAAAGAGAAGAAGAAAGCAUUGUUAGGAGGAGAAGUCGGUAAUCGCUCAGAAGGGUCGUCGUCUCUUCUGCCAAAACUCAGCAUUCAUUCAAGGGAUUCGACCAUAGAGAUGAACCUGAUUAUCAAUGUUAACAUGAAAAGAUUAAUGUUACACGAGCUUAUGAGAGUUUUUGAAGAAGAAGGAGCUCAGGCUAUCAUAUGUCGGAUCGGCAUUGAUCCAUCAAGAAUAGAAAAGAGAGUAAGGGAUAUGAUCUCUUGA